AGCAAUACAUACAGAGUGCUCGAGCACAGAAAUUAGCUUAAUUGAAGUUCUCACAAACUGAAGCAAAGCCAUGGACGACGCUGAUUCUACGACGACGAUGACGACGAGGACGACGGCAGCUGCACUAGCCAUCUCCGCCGCGCUUCUUGUCUCGCUCCCGGUGCUCUACCGCCUCCUCUUCGACAAGACGAGCAGGAAGAAGAAGAAGGCCAUCCCCCCCCCCCCCCCCCCCGGCUCCUUCGGCCUACCCGUCGUCGGGCACACGCUCACCCUGCUGGGCGCCCUCCGCGCCAACACCGCCGAGGACUGGCUCCGCCGGCACGCCGCCGCUUACGGGCCGGUGUCGCGGCUGUCCCUCUUCCGGUACCCGACGGCGUUCCUCGUCGGCCCCUCCGCCAACAAGUUCGUCUUCACCAGCCCCGCGCUGACCACCAUGAACAGCGAGGCCUUCAGCCGCAUGGUCGGCCGGCGGACGGUCCGCAACGUUUCCGGCGACGAGCACGCCCGCGUCAGGGCAAUGAUGAUGCAGUUCCUGAAGCUGGAUGCCGUCAAGCGGCACGUCGCCGGCAUGGACGCCGAGGUCCGGCGCCACCUCGACGAGCACUGGCGCGGCCGGGCCGCCGUGGCCGUGAUGCCGUCGAUGAAGGCGCUGACGUUCGACGUCAUGAGCACCGUCCUCUUCGGGAUGGGGAGGGACUCCGCCGUCCGGCGGGAGCUGUCGGCGGAGUUCCAGCAGCUGGUGCAGGGCAUCUGGGCGGUCCCGUUGGACCUGCCCUUCACCAGGUUCAGCCAGUGCCUCGCCGCCAGCCGGCGCGGGCGGCGCGCCGUCGCGGGGGUCAUCGAGGAGAGGAGGACGAAGCUGGAGCGCGGGGAGAGCUCGCCGGCCGACGACAUCAUCACCCACAUGCUCUCCAGGGGCCUCCCCGACGAGGAGAUCACGGACAACGUCAUGUUCCUCAUGGUCGCCGCGCACGACACCACCGCCGCCCUCAUCACCUGCCUCCUCCGGCACCUGGACGCCAACAAGGACGCCUACGCCAAAGUUCUCGAGGAGCAACAAGAAAUCGCGCGGAGCAAGAAGCCAGGGGAGGCCCUGUCGUGGGACGACCUCGGCAGGAUGCGCUACACCUGGGCGGCGGCGAUGGAGACGCUGCGGAUGGUCCCGCCGCCGUUCAGCAUGCUGAGGAGGGCGCUCGACGACGUCGAGUUCGGCGGCUACCUCAUCCCCAAAGGGUGGCAGGUCAUGUACGUCACCAACAUGACGCACUGGGACCCGGCCAUCUUCCCCGACCCCGGCCGGUUCGACCCGGCGCGGUUCGAGGACCCGUCGGCGAUACCGCCCUACGGCUUCGUGCCGUUCGGCGGCGGCGCGCGCAUCUGCCCCGGGAACGAGUUCGCGAGGGUGGAGACGCUGGUGGCCGUGCACCACAUCGUGACGCGGUUCAGGUGGAAGCUCGUCGCCGGCUGCGACGGCAGCUUCUCCAGGUCCCCUAUGCCGUACCCGUCUCAGGGCCUGCUCAUCGACAUCGAGCCUAUCCAUUGAUGCCAAGAGAAGACCUCUUCUUCUCCCACAAGGAAUUCCAUUCAGUGCAAGGAAGUCGCACGGAUUGAGCACCUGAAACAUGAGAAAUGCUGUACCUUUCUCAUGUCAUGGAACAGUUGUGUUGCAUACAUUCAGAUACAGAGAAACACAUCACCAUUUGCAGUUGCAGUAUAAAAACAGGAUGAAGGACAUUGUCUAUAAUAAAAUGUCUGCAAGUUGAUG